GCAUUGAAGAAGAGGAGUGGUAGAAUAAAGUGGCCGAGGAGGGGCUGGUGGAAGGCAUGGAGGAUGUGCAAACCCGCCAGCCUGCCCCGGAUUUGGAUGAGCCCAUGAUAGGGGAUGAAGGCGGGGACUCGACGGAUGACAGGGGCGGAGCGAUGGAUGAGGACAUGGAUAUCAACGAGGGGAUGGAAGCAGAYAUGGAUAUKAMUACAACGRUGAAGGGRUCGCUACAGGAAAUAUUGGCUGUCGGGGAGUGUUAUGUCUGCCCGGUGAUGCUAUGGUGGGCGGAGCAAGGCAUUAAGGUGGUCACGAAAGGCAGUACGGACUUCUUCGUCUAUGCGGCGCGCUCCCUCCCCAAGAACCCGAAUAUUAUCAGACAGGACGAAGAGUAUAAACCUCUGAUUCAACAACAGUGGGAUAAUUGGCUGCCGCGACGCCCCCAAGGAAUGGAUGAGUUGGGGUGGGUGGCGCAGGGCAAUGCUCUGAUGCGCAAGUGUCUGUAUGAUAGGCUGGCCGGUAGCUACCGUGCCCACUUGGCCACAGGACAGGAGUACGCCGACCGCCUCAGUGCGCUUAAUUGUGGCCCCAAGGAUGAGCAGACGGAAGAGGAAUGGUGGGUAGAGCGAGUGGAGGCCGUGCGGGAGUGGCAAGAGUGGGAGACGGUGGAAACCGCCCACUGGGGGCGCAGAUCAAAGGUGGGAUGGAAUGUGGUGGGUGAGAAGAUGUCUCGACGAUUUUUCAGAGAGCUGGGCAAGAAGCAGGGGAUUGCCUUCAUGACGGCAAUGGACACCCCCUUUGACCUGCGGCAGGCGAGGCAAGAGACCACGUUGGGGAUUCUGGACUUUGUAACGGACUUCUAUGCAGAUCUGUUAAUGGAGGAGGAGGGAUGGACUGUGGAGCAGAUGGCGACGGCCCCGCAGGAGCACAUUUGGAGGCACGUCCCGCCUGGCCUCACUGAGGAGCAGGCGCAGCCUUUGGAGAUGGACAUCACGCUAGAAGAGGUCCUUAGGGCGAUUGGAGAGCUACCAAGACUCAAGGCGCCGGGGGUGGAUGGAGUCCCUAUUGAAAU